AUGGCCCAACGAGACUUGACGUUCAACGCCCCCAGACGACAGGUGUCUAGCGAAGAGGAAGGCGACGCCAGAAACCCUUUCACAGGCCCCAACGAGGUCGACGAGUCCAGCUUCGAAUCCCAACAGCGCUCCAGCGCCACCUCCUCAGAAGAAGACGACAUCAACCGUGAGUACGGACGUCCGUUCAACGCCUACAACGGCUACUACGCUCAGCACGACGGCACCACCUCCAAGCUCCUCUCCAACGACAACUCGUCUAGCGAAGAUCCCUUGGCCGGAUCAAACAGCGGCUCCAUUCCCCCUCCUCCUCCCAGAACCUCCAAGCACACCUACGCCGCUAUGGGUUACGCCAGCACACCCACCAAUCAGAUCAACGUUCCAUCCGAGUUCGACAGGUAUCCUUCUAUGGCUGGCUCAAGAGUGGUAUCGUCGACGUCCUUGAACAACUUGGCGGCUGGCGCUCCUGCUGGUGCGGGUGCUGCCAGCACCCAGCACAAGUCGGAUGGCGAGUCGUCGAUAUCAUCGAACCCGUUCUCAAACGGUACUGAUUUCAGCCCCUUUGGUGGCUAUCCGGCAUCCUCCUUCCCCCUCCACAUCGACGAAAAAGAACCCGACGACUACCUCCAUAACCCCGACCCGAUCGCCGAUGCCAACUACGACAAGAACAGAUUCAUGGCCGACUUGAAGAACAUAGACAAGCGCUCUUUGGGUGGCUUGAUAGGUCUCGUUGUGCUUCUCAUUGCCGCCAUCGUCGUGUUCAUCUUGUUGCCAGUGUUGACCUACUCGGGAGUUACCAGUCCACACAAACCGGAAUCCUACGAGAUCUUGACCCAUUACAAAUACCCCCUUCUCAGUGCUAUCAGAACCAGUUUGGUAGACCCCGACACUCCUACUGAUGCACGCACUGCAAAGGCCAGAGACGGUUCUACUUGGGACUUGGUGUUCUCGGAUGAAUUCAACAUCGAAGGCAGAACUUUCUACGAAGGAGACGACCAGUUCUUCACCGCUCCAGACCUUCACUACGAUGCUACCCAUGAUUUGGAAUGGUACGACCCAGAUGCCGUCACUACCUCCAAGGGUACCCUCAAUCUUCGUAUGGACGCCUACAAGAACCACAACUUGUUCUACAGAUCCGGUAUGGUCCAAAGUUGGAACAAGUUCUGUUUCACUGAAGGAAAAAUUGACAUUGCCGCCAGAUUGCCAAACUAUGGUGGUUUCUCGGGUUUAUGGCCUGGUUUGUGGACUAUGGGUAACUUGGGUCGUCCUGGUUACUUGGCCACCACCGAAGGUGUCUGGCCUUACUCUUAUGAUGCCUGUGAUGCCGGUAUCACCCCCAAUCAAUCUUCUCCAGAUGGUAUUUCUUAUUUGCCUGGUCAAAGAUUGAACUCUUGUACCUGCAAGGGAGAGUCCCAUCCUAACCCUGGUAAGGGUAGAGGUGCCCCUGAAAUUGAUGUCAUUGAAGCAGAAGCCGAUACUGCAAUCAACAAUGGUGUUGCUUCGCAAUCUUUACAAUUGGCUCCUUUUGACAUUUGGUACUAUCCUGACUACGAUUGGCUUGAAAUUUACAACCUGUCGGUCACCACCAUGAACACCUACACUGGUGGUCCAUUCCAGCAAGCGCUUUCGGCCACAACAACUUUGAAUAUCACUUGGUAUGAAAGAGGAAAUGUUGCUCAUAAUUUCCAAAGUUACGGCUUCGAAUAUUUGAACGAUGAUACCAACGGUUACUUAAGAUGGUUCGUGGGUCAAGACCCAACUUUAACCGUCCAUGCAAAUGCCUUGCAUCCAAAUGGUAACAUUGACUGGAGAAGGUUAUCCAAGGAACCCAUGUCUAUUAUCAUGAACUUGGGUAUCUCCAAUAACUGGGCUUACAUUAACUGGCCAUCCCUUCAUUUCCCGGUCGAAUUCAGAAUCGAUUAUGUCAGAGUUUAUCAGCCACAAGGUAAAGUUCAAGUUGGAUGUGAUCCUCAAGAUUACCCAACCUACGACUACAUCCAGCAACACUUGAACAUUUACGAAAAUGUCAACUUGACCUCCUUCGAAGACGCUGGCUAUAAAUUCCCUAAGAAUAGAUUGUUAGGUUGUUAA